GGGAAGGAGGGUAUGGGCAGGUGGUCGGCAGUGUGAUUUCAGGUGUCCAGGCAGGAUGAGUGGAGGAGUGUAUGGGGGAGAUGAGGUCGGGGCUCUUGUUUUUGAUAUUGGUUCAUUCUCUGUUCGUGCUGGCUAUGCCGGGGAAGAUUGUCCUAAGGCGGACUUUCCCACCACCCUGGGCAUCCUAUCUCCUGAUGACUCUCUCCCUUCCGAGCUCGAGAAAGACCGCAAGCAGAGCCGAGUGUAUUACAUUGAUACUACCUGUUUGCACGUCCCACGUCCACUCACUGAGGUCACCUCUCCACUCAAGAAUGGCAUGAUUGAAGACUGGGAUGCAUUUCAAGCAAUUCUUGAUCAUACGUUUAACCGACACUUGAAGUCAGACCCAGCCCUGCACCCUGUCCUAAUGUCAGAAGCACCAUGGAACACCAGAACGAAGCGUGAGAAGCUGACAGAGUUAAUGUUUGAACAUUAUAAUAUCCCUGCAUUUUUCCUCUGUAAGACAGCCGUGCUCACAGCUUUUGCUAAUGGGCGAUCCACAGGCCUGGUAUUAGACAGUGGGGCGACACACACUACUGCCCUCCCUGUGCACGACGGCUAUGUCCUUCAGCAAGGGAUAGUUAAGUCCCCUCUGGCCGGGGAUUUUAUCACCAUGCAGUGCCGGGAGUUAUUCCAGGAGAUGGGAGUGGAUAUAAUUCCCCCGUACAUGAUUGCAUCAAAGGAGCCUGUACGGGAAGGGUCAUCCCCAAACUGGAGGAGAAAGGACAAAUUACCAGCAGUUACCAAAUCCUGGCAAAAUUACAUGUGCAAUGAAGUGAUACAGGAUUUUCAGGCGUCCGUGCUUCAAGUGUCAGACUCCCCAUAUGAUGAACAGGUGGCUGCCCAGAUGCCCACAGUCCACUAUGAGAUGCCCAACGGAUAUAAUACAGAUUAUGGAGCUGAGAGACUGCGAAUCCCUGAGGGGCUGUUUGACCCAUCCAAUGUUAAGGGCCUUUCAGGUAACACCAUGCUGGGUGUCGGCCAUGUUGUCACCAGUAGCAUCGGAAUGUGUGAUAUAGACAUCCGGCCUGGACUCUAUGGCGGUGUCAUUAUCACUGGUGGUAACACUUUACUCCAGGGGUUUAAUGACCGUUUGAACCGUGAACUUUCCCAGAAAACACCCCCGAGUAUGCGUCUGAAACUCCUUGCCAGUAACAGCUCUAUCGAACGUCGCUUCAGUUCCUGGAUUGGUGGCUCCAUUCUGGCCUCUCUGGGGACGUUCCAGCAGAUGUGGAUCUCUAAACAGGAAUAUGAGGAGGGUGGGAGGCAGUGUGUGGAACGGAAGUGCCCCUAGUACCCCAACAAUCCAUCAAUACCCUCAACAUCCAAAGCCGAUCCACUGUAAUAAUAGGCGUUUCAAUUAGAUUCAUACGAGCCAAUACCUUCUCUAUGCACAUACAGUUACAUGGCUCCCGGGACCUUUACUAACAUCAGGAUCUUUUUAAUUAUAAUAUUCAUCAAUAUGAAAGGAAGCCAUUAGGGUUUUUAAUAAAUUCAACCAGUGUUCAACAUCACAUUGUGAGCGCCUGAAAUUCUGCCCCUUCACCCCAAUACAUAAGGAAUCUGCCCCUUCACCCUGAUACAUUGGGAAUUUGCCCCUUCACCCUGAUACAUAAGGAAUCUGCCCCUUCAUCCUGUUAUAGGGAAUCUGCCUUUUUAUCCUGAUACAUUGGGAAACUGCCACAUUCACCCUGAUAUAUAGGGAAUCUGCCCCUUCACCCUUAUAUAUAGGGAAUCUGCCCCUUCACCCUUAUAUAUAGGGAAUCUGCCCCUUCACCUAUAUAUAGGGAAUCUGCCCCCUCAUCUAUAUAUAGGGAAUCUGCCCCUUCACCCUUAUAUAUAGGGAAUCUGCCCCUUCACCCUUAGAUAUAGGGAAUAUGCCCAUUCACCUAUAUAUAGGGAAUCUGCCCCUUCACCUAUAUAUAGGGAAUCUGCCCCUUCACCUAUAUAUAGGGAAUCUGCCCCUUCAUCUAUAUAUAGGGAAUCUGCCCUUCAUCCUUAUAUAUAGGGAAUCUGCCCCUUUAUCCUGAUUUAUUGUAAAUCUGCUUCUUCAUCCUGAUAUAUUGGGAAUCUGCCCUUCAUCCUUAUAUAUAUAGGGAAUCUGCCCCUUUAUCCUGAUUUAUUGUAAAUCUGCCUCGUCACCCUGAUAUAUAGGGAAUCUGCCCAUUCACACUGGUAUUCUAGGAAUCUGCCCCUUCAUCCUAAUAUAUUGGGAAUCUGUCCCUUCAUCCUAAUAUCCUGGGAAUCUGCACCGUCAUCCUGAUACAUAAGGAAUCUGCCCCUUCACCCCAAUAUAUAGGGAAUCUGCCCAAUUCAUCCUGACAUAAAGGGAAUCUGCCCCUUCACCCUGAUAUCUUGGGAAACUGUCCCAUUCAUCCUGGGAUUCUGCCCUAUUCACCCUGAUAUAUAGGGAAACUGCCCCUUAAUCCUUAUAUAUGGGGAAUCUGGUAUUAUAAGGAAAUACUCAGAUUCCCUCAAUGCAGAUUCUAGGGCAAAGUCUCUGCUUAUUGGGGUAUUUCUGCCUCCCCGUAAAUGAAUGUGAAGGAUGCUGUCUCUUCAGUCUAUUUUCUUCUCCAGUGUUGACAUAUUAAGGUAUUUUGGGUGUACACCUACUUGUUUAGACCAUUCCUUCAAUUCCCUAUAAAUUAACGCCUUUUGAAUCCACAAUGUUCAUUAUACAGCACCAUACCUACAUGACGUCUUCAAAGUGUUUGAUUCACUUGUAUAAUUGUUAAUGUAUCGUAUUCAUUUUAAUUUGACAUAGGUUAGUAAUAAUUAAUCGUUGGUGAGAAAAUAAAUUCAUCAAAAGCUGGAAUGAGAUGGAAUUAGCGUGAGUGGUACUACAGCUGGUGGAAGAACUGGUAAAUAUAAGGAUAAUGGGUACACUGGUCUGGAGCUGAGGGUGAUGGGUACACUAGCUGGAGCAGUAAACGGGAGGUGAGGGUGAUGGGUACACUGGCUGGAGCAGUAAACAUGAGCUGAGGGUGAUGGGUACACUGAACAGGAGCGGAGGGUGAUGGGUACACUGGACAGGAGCGGAGGGUGAUGGGUACACUGGACAGGAGCGGAGGGUGAUGGGUACACUGGACAGGAGCUGAGAGUAGUGGGUACACUGGACAGGAGCAGAGGUACACUGGUUGGGAGUGGAGGGUGAUGGAUACACUGGUUGGAGCAGUGAACAGGAGCUGAGUGUGAUGGGUACACUGGUUGGGCGCUCAGCGUGAUAGGAGCAGUGAACAGAAGCUGAGUGUAAUGGGUACACUGGUUGGGAGCCUAGAGUGAUGGGUAUACUGGUUGGGAGCAAUGAUCAGGAGCUCAAUUUGAUUGCUACUGUGGCGGGACCGCUGCCUAUUUGUGAAUUGCUAGUAAAUGAUCCUGUAUUUUCCCCUGUAUUAUAUUGUAUUUGUAUGUUUUACCUGCUCCCAGUUUGGGAGAGCUCAAUUCGAAUGGGUUCCGUUCA